UCGAGCCCCGCUGCAUUGUGGGACGUCAGAGUAUUGACAUAGCAACCAGGCGCCAGACCGAGUUUCUCCCCCCGGAUGAGUGCUCGCUGUCCCCGCGUCCCCCCGACAGUCCGGCGCCGUUUCUCCCCGGUGCGAUGAACGCGGCGGUGGUGAAGAAGACCCAGGACACGCUGGGCAAAGUCCUGAAGAAACCGCCUCUCACGGAGAAACUGCUGAGCAAACCCCCGUUCCGGUACCUGCACGACAUCUUCAGCGAGGUCAUCAGGGCCACUGGUUUUAUGAAAGGCCUGUAUGGAGAGAAUGAAAUGAAGUCAGACAAUGUGAAGGAUAAAGACUCCAAGAUAGCCUUCCUCCAGAAAGCCAUAGAUGUCGUGAUGCUGGUGAGUGGCGAGGCCCUGGCAGCAAAGCCAGCGCGCAUUGUGGCUGGUCACGAGCCAGAGAAAACCAAUGAGCUGCUGCAGGCCAUCGCCAAGUGCUGCCUCAACAAGAUGCCAAGUGAUGAUGCAGUGAAGCGAGUACUUGGUGGAGAGAAGGUGGACUUGAAGACUAAAGCCAGCACCUCCAGGUCCCAGGACAAGGAGAACAGGGAAGAACGUGAACGUCACCUAGAUAGAGAGGAAAAGAAAAAGAUUUCAAAGCACAAGGGUGGCGUGGACCAUAAGGACCCAGACCAGCCCAAAGAGCAGGAGAGUCAACAAAGAGACGGGGAAAAGGAGCACCAGGCAGACAGAGACAAACACCACCGCAGUGAACAGGAACACGGCAAAGAACGUGACAAAGACAAGAGCCGGGAGCGAGACAAGGACAGAGACAAAGGACGAGUUAAAGACAGGGACAAGGUGAAGGACAGAGAGAGGGAUCGAGAAAGGGAAAAGGACAAGGACAGGGGUAAAGAGCGAGAAAAGACAAAGGAGAAGGAUUCCCAAAGAGACUUGGAAAAAGACAAGGAAAAACGAAGAGACAAAGAGCGGGAGAAAGAGAGAGAACGACACAAAGAGAGGGAAGAGAGCAGCAAAACUGUGAAUGGAGAUAACAAGUCCAGAGAAUCAGAGGAAACGACGAGCCCAGAAGAGCCCAGCAAAACAGCCAAACCCGUACCAGCUGAGCCAACCCCAGCUGAAGAGCCUGCAGAAGCAGUUGAAAACCAGUCCGACAGUCCAGCUAGAAUACCCCGGCCUUCGUCUGCUAAAGGGCAGAGGCGGAGACCUAAAAUCGGAGAUCAAGAUGAAUCUGACAGCGAGGGAGACGGAGAUGCUCAAUUAACCCAGAGACCUGUUCCUCAGGAAAAUGGAGACGCGGCAGGCUCCUCUGUGCCACUUGACACAGCUUCCAGCAACAGACGAAUACCACGGCCCAGCAGCGCUCGCCCAGCACCUCCUCGAGUCCGGAGACAGGAAAGUCACCCUGAUGUGACCUCAGCUGAGAGACUGUCCAGUGCCAAGCCUUCAGCACCUGUCAUCAUGGAUGGGAAGAAGCUGUCUGAGGAUGAGGAGGAUGAAGAUGAACAAUUUGUCGUUGAGGAGGUGGUCCCUCGACUCUCAAACGCUCCUGAGAUGGAGGUGGAUCCUACGCAGGAACUCCACAGUGAAGAGAAACACGGUGGUCUUGUGAAAAAGAUAAUCGAGACCAAGAAAGACUAUGAAUUGUCACCAUCCUCCCCCAAAUCUAAAGAGCAGAACUGGGUGUCGGAAGCAGCGCGGAAGAAAGAGCGGGACGUGGUGACGAAGGAGAUAGAGCGGCUGCGCGCAUCCAUCCAGACGGUGUGCCGCAGCUCCCUGCCUCUGGGGAAGAUCAUGGACUACAUCCAGGAGGACAUGGACGCCAUGCAGGCUGAACUGAACACUUGGCGCCUGGAGAACAAGGAGCACGCAGAGGCCUUGCUGCAGGAGCAGAAAGCGACAGACCGCGCCGUGGAGCCUCUCAAAGCAGAACUAGUUGAGCUGGAGCAGCUGAUCAAGGACCAGCAGGACAAGAUUUGUGCUGUAAAGUCCAACAUACUGAAGAAUGAGGAGAAGAUCCAGAAGAUGGUGACGGGAAUGAAUUCCUCUUCCAGAACCUGAAGGUCACUAACUUCUAUAAAUGCACUGACGACUUGUAUAGGUUCGAACAGUUCACCCUUCAGAAUCAUGGCGAGGACAUUUUUCUUGGAGGUUAAUGUUGGACGGGACCAAACACUGCACUUUUAUGUCUUUUUUUGAGGAUGGACCCAAACACAUUCCUUCACAACCAGGGUGGGAAAGAAACUUCAUUCGUUGGUAAAUAAAAUCGUCAUGCGUUGGUUUAGAGGUCAGACUUUAUUCUAACAUGUGAUUAAAUGGAAAAAAGUUUGGUGGUAAAGUCAGAGGUUUACUAGCUGCUUAUCAUAGAAUAAAUAAAAAUGAUCUUCCUGCUCCUAACCCCAACUUUCCCCCCUUGUUCUGAAACGGUGCCUUUCUGGAUUGAGCCAGUGCACAGCUUAUGACAGUUAGAAUAGAUAGUUGUGUUUAAUGCUUGAUUUUACCACACGUUCAAAUAUCUUUAGAUUUAAAAAUGUAUUUCCUUCUUCUUCUUUCAAUGCUGAGUGAAAAUAUAGAACACAGGAGGACAAUUAAUAUGAAUUAUCUCUUUCUUUCAUAUAGAAAUCAUAUUUUUUAUGUGGAGGGUUUAAUGUGUCUUAGUUGACUGACGUGAUUGUAUCAUGACUGUGGUACCGUCCUUGUUUUGACUUUGUCCAGCGGUCUUUUCCAUCUCCCUUUGUUUACCACAACAUCUCAAACUCUUCAUGUUGUAAAAAACAAUACUGAUAGUUCGCUUGUUAUUUCAUUCACUCUUCCACUUUUUACGCACCGUGGCACUUUGAUGAUGAGGGGGAUCAGAAGAGGAACUUUAGAAUUUUUUUUUAGAAAAAACAUUUUGGCAGCACAGCAGUGUUACAUUCCUUUCCUCUCACAGUCGCUUAUAAAUAUGUUAUAACUCAAAACACAGGCAAGACCUAGGACAAAAAGAAAGUAUAGAUCCAUCUUUGCAGUGAGCAUACAGGAUAGCCACCAUCAUGGAUGUCCCUCCGCUUUAUUCGUAUCGUAGAAUUUGCCAAACUCAUCCAUUUUUGGGAUGAACACAAUGUUUAGUUAGAUGGCAAAUUUUUUGUGUGAACUUUCAAACCCUUAUAAAUAGAAAAAAAUCAUACUUUACCAGCUCCUUCUUUAAGAGAUUUGCUUUACACAUGUAGCUAACAUAGAAAUAUAUAUAUGAAGCAAUACUCGGCUGAUGACAGCAGUGAGAGAUUAGAGUGUAGAGACGUCAGACUGAAAGUAACCACUGUCCACAGUUCUCCUCAAACACCCAGUAAUAGAAACGUGUCAUUGUUCCAUGUGUGAAUGAAAUCGAAACGUUUCCGUACAUUGUGCCCUAUCUCACCCUGAAUGAAAAAUGCAGUUAUCAUAUUUAAGUAAUAGUACAAAUGUAAUUUUACAUCGUUGAUACUUCCUUAUAUGCAGUUGCUACCUCUGUUAGUUCUGCUACAGAAUUGCCUCCCAGAGGAUUUAGACUGCCGGUGUUUUUAGAAAACAGUUGCUCUGAUGAAUGUAAUUGUCCCCCCCCCCCCAUAAUGACCAGCAAAGGCCAUAAUAACCACCGAUAGCUACAUGUUUUAUUUUUUUUUUGCCAUGAAGUGAUGAUCUGACAGCUCUGGGGCUUCAAUUUCCGCUGUCUCAGCGUUUAAACAUUCAACACAUCCGUGCUAAGAACAUGAAUUUGUUCUGUGAUCUCUCUGAUCUCAUGGUUUAGUAUAUGUGAAGGUAAAAACUAUUUGUAAAUAAAAAAUAAUAAUAAAGCCAUAAAUUGUGCAUAGAACAGACUGUUUUGAAAUUUAACCAACUUCCAAAUAGCAAAUUUGGUCAUAACCUGUUUUUGCUAAGUAGUUUUUACAAUAAGAUAAAACAAAUAGAGCUCAACUAAUAUCUUUCGAAAAGGGAAAAUGUGGAUUCUUCAGUGGGGAAAUAUCUUCAUCAAUGCUAUUUAUUUGAGAGCUCUUCAACAUUUUAAUUUACAAUCAUUUAGUCUGAUUUAGUCUGAUUAUUUUCAUAUCAGUAUUAUAUUUAGUCCACCAAAUAUAAAUGAGAACAUUUACCUCCUAGAAAAUGAAAUUUAAAAAAUCCUUAAACUCCUGGAAAAGGGAGAAUCUGCUUGUCCGUGUUAUAUGAAAGGACCAUUUUCACUGUACACCUUUUGUAUCAUAUCCUUGGUUUCUCUUUAAACUGUACAUUAUGUAUAUGUGGAGACUGUAUCAUAGUUCAGAUAAAUAUAUAAUUUUGUAGUGGAGUGAAAUAAAUGGUUACAUUGCAA